CCUUUCUACUCAAAGGUUUCUCUAUCUCUCUUUUUCCUCUCUACUACUUCUCUUCUCAUGCAUGAACUAAUCCGGUAAUCCCUCCAUCUCGAUCCCUCUUCUUAACUUCAAGUGAAGUUAAGCAUUAAAUGGCUUCCAUGAACAACUGGUUAGGAUUUUCUCUCUCCCCUCAACAACUCCCUUCACAAGGUGAUAAUCAACAAGAUCACUCCCAAACCAAUGUCUCCCGCCUCGGCUUCAACUCCGAUGAAAUCUCCGGUACCAAUGUCUCUAGCGAGUGUUUCGAUCUUACCUCGGACCCAUCAGCCCCUUCCCUCAACCUUCCUCAUCCUUUUGGCAUACUUGAAGCCUUCAAUAGAAACAAUCAAUCCCAAGAUUGGAAUAUGAAGGGUUUGGAUGCAAACUACAAGGGAACGGCAGACCUUUCCAUGUUGAUGGGUAGUUCAUGCAAUACCCAAAACCAAGAACCAAAGCUUGAGAACUUCCUAGGCGGCCCUACAGUGGCAGCUACCGGCGCAGGAGAGUAUAUUUUCCCCAACGGUGGUGGAGGAGGGGACGAUGGUAGUAUCACCAGCAUCAACGGUGGUGGCAGCAAUAGCUCCAUUGGUUUGUCCAUGAUCAAAACCUGGCUGAGGAACCAACCGGCCCCGCCAUCCACCACUCAGCCGGAGAGUGCCAAGAACAACGGCGGUGCACAGACGUUGUCUCUUUCUAUGAGCACCGGAUCUUCACAGCUUCUCACCGUCAGUAACGGAGGCGCCAGCGGUGGAGAUAGUUCAUCUUCCGAUACCAAUAAGCAGCAGAAGACGACAACCACCUGCCUCGACAGCCAGACCGCUGCCAUUGAAGCGGUGCCAAGGAAAUCUAUUGAUACUUUUGGCCAGAGAACUUCUAUAUAUCGUGGUGUAACAAGACAUAGAUGGACUGGGAGAUAUGAAGCUCAUCUAUGGGAUAAUAGUUGCAGAAGAGAAGGACAAACUCGAAAGGGCAGGCAAGGUGGGUAUGACAAAGAAGAAAAGGCAGCUAGAGCUUAUGAUUUAGCAGCACUAAAAUACUGGGGAACAACUACAACAACAAAUUUCCCAAUUAGCAACUAUGAAAAGGAAUUAGAUGAAAUGAAGCACAUGACCAGGCAAGAGUACGUUGCGUCUUUGCGAAGGAAGAGCAGUGGAUUUUCCCGAGGUGCCUCGAUCUACAGGGGAGUCACAAGACAUCACCAGCAUGGAAGAUGGCAAGCAAGGAUCGGAAGAGUCGCAGGAAAUAAAGACCUUUACUUAGGAACAUUCAGUACCCAAGAGGAGGCAGCAGAAGCCUAUGACAUUGCAGCCAUAAAAUUCCGAGGACUGAAUGCAGUCACCAACUUUGAUAUGAACAGAUAUGAUGUGAAGAGCAUACUUGAGAGUAGCACAUUGCCUAUUGGAGGAGCAGCAAAGCGGUUGAAAGAUGUUGAGCAAGCAGAAAUGGUGGUGGAAGGACAGAGAGCUGAUGACGGUAACAUCAGUUCACAGAUAACUGCAGAUGGGAUCAGCAGCUAUGGUGCUGCAGCAGCCCACCACGGCUGGCCUGCCAUUGCUUUCCACCAACAGCCUCAGCCUUUCAGCAUGCAGUUCCCCUACGGGCAAAGACUCUGGUGCAAACAAGAACAAGAUUCAGACACCAGCAACAGUAGCUUCCAAGAUCUUCAUCACCAGCUGCAAUUGGGAAGCACCCACAAUUUUUUCCAGCCUUCUGUCCUGCACAACCUCAUGAGCUUGGACUCCUCUUCCAUGGAGCACAGCUCCGGUUCUAAUUCUGUCAUCUACAGCAAUGGAGGGAAUAGUGGUGAAGGUGGUGGAAGUAAUGGCACUGCUGCCAAUGGUGGUUAUUAUGGAAGCAACAAUGCUGGAUAUGUGUUUCCUUUGGGGACAGUUAUAGCCAGCAAUGAUGGGAACCAAAAUCAAGGGAAUGGCUUUGGAGAUGGUGCUGAAGUGAACAUGUUUGGAUCAGGAGAUCCUUACAAUAGUCAUCAGAGGAACUUGUACUACCUUUCUCAUCAUCAAUCAUCAAAUGCUGUGAAAGCUGCAAGCACAUACGAUCAGGCCUCAACGUGCAACAACUGGGUGCCAACUGCAGUUCCUGCCAUUGCACAAAGGUCCAGCACCAUGGCUGUAGGCCAUGGAGCUUCAACUUUUACGGUGUGGAAUGAUACAUAAAUCAAUGGAAAGAGGAGAAGGAAGAUUAGGGGAUGGAUCUAUAGUAGCUAGAAAAAGAGAGAAGGGAACAUGUAUACAAUAUGAUCUAUAUUUUAUGAUUUUCCCAUUUCCUCUCUUCCUUUUGGAUUAACUAAUUUAACUGGGGAAAAUAGGCUUUCCUUUUUUUCUUUUUCUUUUUUGGUUUUUAGCUCUCUCACUUUGCAGUUAUAGAUGCAUAUUUUACAAUUUAUUAAGGGUCCAACUGAAGUUCAGCAAUAGCAUGUGAGACUUUGGCUUAGGUUUUCUCACUUGCUAUGAAUUUUGGGAACUUCAGUUCAGGGAGGAUCCUCGGAAGUUUUUCUCCUUUUCUAAAAAGCAGGGCUUUGUAAGAAUAACAAAGUUUUGAUAUAAAGAAUCGGAUUCAUUCCUCUUUUUAAUGUAUAAUAUAUCAUUUUCCUUUUU